AUGAACAACAUACCGGCACUGGAGUGGGUUGUGGAGAUUUAUGAACUCUAUCUGACUGCUAGAUCUUUCAGAUCCGCAGCAGUCCAAGUCGGUGCUACGAUCGGACCUGGAGUUGAUGUUGGCUGGAUCAGUUCUGCAACGGUCCUUCUUCUCUAUGGCCAAACUCUUCUGGGAAGAAUGACUCUCGAAAAUAGAAUGAUCAAUUCCUCGAUUACUAAUGACGCACUCGUUCUGCAGAUGGAGGAGUUUGAGAUUCAGGAUAUGACUGCGUUCAAGAGUUUUGUUCGGGAUAUAAUGCCCAAACCAUGGAACGGAUGUCGACUCGAUAAAACCGCAUUGACCGGCAAGCUGGAGGUCGUUGAUAAAGGCCAUAGUCUCACAAUUGCCAUAGAUUUGUGUGGCAUUGGGGGUCUCGAAACGACUGAACUCAGUGUGGCGCUCUCUGGCCACAUACUUAAGAUCAAUUUCUCGAUGACGAACGCGGCCACUGUGGAAAUAUACUUCGAUGAAGCUGAAUUUCGGCUUCAGAAGAAUGGGGUUGACUUGGCUAUUUUGGCCGGAGACUUCAAUAUUGAGACCGGCGAAACAACUUAUGAGUUGGAAGGGGAAAUUGAUUCGUUUUCGCGGAAAGAGCUUUUCGGAAAUGCAACUUUGGCUGGAUACCAUCUGAAAGCCAAUGACUUGAAGAAAACGUGGCUCAUCCAUGCUCUCCGAGAGUUCAAAAUAGAUGUCAAUCUGGACCAAACGGUCGUUUAUUAA